ACUCUUUGGAUAUCAACUUCUCUUUUUCUUUGGCAGGGAACAUGCUCCAUCAAUCAUAUUUAUGGAUGAAAUAGACAGUAUUGGAUCUGCUCGAAUGGAAUCUGGUAGUGGCAAUGGUGACAGUGAAGUGCAGCGGACUAUGCUGGAGCUUCUCAACCAGCUGGAUGGAUUUGAAGCAUCAAAUAAAAUAAAGCUAGAUGGAUAUAUGGCUAGGAAGAUGAGAAUUAAUUCUGUAGUGGGUUCCUACCUUGAUCCCCUUGCUGACAAGGUUCUUAUUGGAUCUGUUGCUUUGGCAAUGGUACAUAUGGAUCUUCUGCACCGACAUAUUGAUGGCUCGUCUCUUGGAUCAUGUCCCCUUUAAGUCUUAAGUUUUUUUUACUUUUACUCCGAGUAAAAGUACUUCAUAGUUGCAAUAACAAAAAGUGUCAUCUCUAUCAAUUUUACAAAUACUAAAAGAU